UAUUUUUAUCCCAUUGACGUGUAGAGUUUUGCCAAAAUAUGUGGUGCAUCUAACCUUAAAAAACGGUGCUGAACUAAUCCUUGAAGAAAAAGAAUAUUCAAGGAUAAGUGUCGACGUGUAAAAUGGCGUGGUUCGGUGACGGAUUACCUAGCUUGUCGAAUUUAAAGGGACAGCUGACAAACUUUACGAAGGAAGUGUUAUCAGAUGGAAUUGUAGAAGAAAUAGACGAACCAUCGAAUGCAUUAAAAGAAGCGAACCAAAAGUGUGUCGAAUUACAAGAAAUACUUAACUCAAAAGAUGCAGAAAUUUCACUUCUGCGUCGACAGAAUUGCGAGCUCCAAAAGGCCGUCGUUGAAUUAAACGCAAAACCGAACGACUCGAACGACGUCAGCCAGGAUGACGAGGGCGAAUUCUUUUGGGACCCACUGUCCGCCAAAAAUCGGAACUCGAAGAAUCAGAGCCAUGGUCGACAGUUGCAGGAACAGUUGGCGCAAGCCACCGUGAAGAUACGCGAUUUAGAAACGGAAUUGAAACGAGUUCAGAAGGUCAGUAAUCCUUCCUUGAAGGAAGAGCUCGCCGAUGGACACCAGAAGGCAGAGUUCUUGAGAGCCAAGCAAGAUAUGGUGAACCGUAUAAUACAGAUGGAAGAAAAGAACCGAGAAACGGAGAGGAACACGAAACGCGUGCAAUCAGAUGAAACGGCGCUGAUCAAUGAUUUCCGAACGGUGCUCUCUAAAUUGAACUCCCUGGAGAAGUUGGAUCUAGUUCGAACUGCAUUGAAGGCGUUGGAAAGCGAAAACGAGAAGCAAAGUGAAGCUAAUAAGCAAGAAAAAUCAGACUUCGACGAGAAGUUUAAAGGGCCUGACAACGAAUCAGUGUCGCUGAAAGCUAAUUCAGAGAAUCAUAAGCGGCACGAUGGAUUCAUCGAGGCUUCCAGCAACAGGGAGUCAGAAUUAUACAAAAAAAUCGAAGAACUCCAGGAAGAAAACAAAAGAUUGUUCACCAGUGUCGAGGAAUUGGACCAACAGCACGAGGAAUCAAUAGAGAAGCUGUUGUCUCUCAAGGAAGAGGUCGAGAAAAAGCACCAGUGCCUUCAAAACGCUUACGAGCAGCUUUACGUAGACUAUAAUCAGGCUCAGGAUAAGGUAACCCAAUUGGAGGACAGGCUCAAGGACUCAGCAACGCGUAUCCGAAGCGAAACAGUAUCUCGUUCAGUGCAAAAUACCAUCCUGGACAAUGUGGAUAAAUCAGUUCAAACGGAUGAUCUCCAGACCCCCGAGGAGAAGACCAAGAAUAGCACGAUCAACGAGCUAACCGAGAGGAUCAAUGAUAUUCUGAGAAACUCGGUCGUCGAAACGGAGCCGAACGAAUCAAUUUUCGAGGCAGUCGCUAAACAGUACGUGGAUACAAAAUGGAAGAAAGAUGUGCUGGAGAAGAAGGUAACCGAACUCACUCGGGACCUAAAGGAUGCUGUGGAGAUGAAGGAGAACAUGCAGGUAGAAUGCGACGUGAUGCAGUCGCACAUUGAUUCAUUAUUAUUAGAGGUUCAGGAUUUGAAAUUAAAUUUACCGUCCAUCCCGGAGGCGAGCGAGGAACGAGUCGCCUCUUUAGAAUCAGAAACGGAAUCCUUACACGAGGAAGUGAAGCGACUCCAAUCAGAGAAUUCCACGUUGAAGAAAGAGAACGCGGUGCUAAGAGAAGGAGGUCUGAACGAAAUUAGAACAGAAACUCAGGGCCAGACAGGAACUACGUCAAGAAAUAGGAAACCGACGAAACUAGAGGACAUUCCUGAAGAUAUCGAGGAAACUGAUAGCGCGAUAGAGAGCCUAAACCGCAGAUUGCACGCGACACUGGACGAGAACGACGAAUUGCGGAGGAAGGUUGAUUUGCUUGAAAAUACAGAGAAAGAGACGCAGGAACAGCUGAGGAUGUCCUUGGAGAGGUGUAAAGGAUUAGAUGAGAACAUUGAAUUUAUAGAGGAGUUGAAACUCGAUUUGGAAAACGUCAGAAGGGAAUUAAAGACGUCCACCUCGAAUACGAAACAGUUGGAGAGCAAUUUCACUCUUCUGCGAGAUGCGAAAAUGGAGAUUGAAAGAGAAAACGAGCAACUGUCCCGGAAGAAUGAGGAGCUAGAGACGGAAAUCUCUAAAUGGCGAGAGAUUAAUUCGGGAACGCACAACGAUGAUGUGUUCGAAGACCUCCGGGAACAGCUUAACAGAAUGAGUCGCGAGAAGGAUGAUCUGGAGUACGAUAUCUUGAACAUGAGGAAAGAAUUGGACGAGGCGUUCAAUCAGAUAGACUUGAAGGAAAGCUGCAUAGCCAAGUUGAGUCAGGAGAAUGAGAAUCUGAUGAAGGAGAAGAACUCCUUACUGGAACAGCUGACUGCCAUUCAGGACGAGUCCAACGAUAAGAUUGACCUGGUGAACACAGAAAAGUCCUUGCUGGAACAGGAACAAGUUGAAUUAAAGGAACAGGUGGAAAGUAACGAGGAGGAAUUGAACGAUGUUAGAGAACGACUAUGCGAAAUGAAAGAGAGGUAUUCAAAAUUAGAGAACGAGCUUCUGUUGAUGAACGAGAAGACUGAACAAUUGCAAUUGGAGAACGAGAAUCUCCAGAACGAGAUGAAGAAAUGCGAGGAGGUAACGAAAUUAACCGAGAAAUUAAAUUCCAUGCAAAAUGAUUACGCUCAUUUGGCUAACGAGGUGGAAACUUUGCGUUUGAGAGAAAGAGAAUUAACAGCUUUACAAGCGCGUUUUGCUAAAGUCACAGAAGAGAGCGAUGCCUUGAAGAGUCAACACGAAGAAAUCCAAGAUAAUUGCAGAAGAUUAGAACACGAAGUGGCUUGUUUACAAGCAGAGAAGAAGGAACUGUUGAAUCGCGUAAAUGAGAACACCUAUGAUAAUGAAAAACAACAGAUUGUAGCACUGUUGGAGGAAAGGACGCGAGAGAACGAGGCCCUGAAGACCAACAACGAUCAGUUAAUGGCCGAGGUGAUCGAAUCGCAAAAGAAGUUGCAAAAGAGCAUCGAUGGCAACAAGGAAUCCGUUGAUAUGGCCAAAGAAACCAUAGAAAGUCUGUCUCGUCUAGUCAGCCAGAAGGACGAGGAGAUUAAUACCCUAAGAAAAACUCUCGAGCUUGCCCAGAAUAAUACAGAAGUGUCGAACGAAUUUCAAACUGUGAAGAACGAAAGGGAUGAACUGGUGAAGUUGGUCACCAUCAAACAUAAUGAAAGCUUGCAAUAUCAUGGAGAGAUUCAAAAAUUGACACAUCUAUUGAACGAGCAAGUGUUACAGCUUCGGAAUUUGAUGUCAGAGAAAGAUGCAGCUUUAUCAGACUUGAAGGAGAAGGAGGCAGAACUUUCUUGGAUGAGAAACGAGUUGCAGAUGCUUCAGGAACGUUUAAAUGAACCGAGUAACAAAGAAAUAUCUAGAAUUGUGGAGAAUUCAACUCAAACUUCAGCAGAAAUUGCGCUUCUUGAUGAAAAGUGCAAUGCAUUGGAAGCAGCCCUGAUUCAAGAACAAUCCAAUAAUAGAAUGCUGCAGAAUCAGUUAAAUGAGAGUCAAAUUAAAGAAGCGAAUGCAGCCAAGGAAUUGGAGAGGCUUAGGACACAUCUGGUGGAAAUGGAGUCAAAUUACACAGAAGAAGCUCUGAUCGCGGAAGAGUAUAGAAAGGAAUUGGAAGCGAAACUGCAACAAGCUGAAGAAAAAGUGAAAAAUAGUUCAACAGCGUAUACAUCUGCUAAUAUUAGAGCCAAUCAACAGGUGGAAACGUUGCAACAACAAAUGGCAUUGAUUAUUCAACAAAGAGAUGAUAUUCAAAACAAACUGUCUGCUGCUGAAGAUAAAAUUCUAUCGCAGACUGCUUCUUUGACUAAUUUACAAAUUGUCUUGGAACAGUUCCAGCGAGAUAAAGAAAAGGAUAUCAUGGCAGCGACAGAAAGGAUUCAAGGAAGGUUGAAUGAAUCCUAUAGGAAACAAGAAGAGCUAGUCAAUGAUAUUACUAAUCUUAAGGAACAAUUAGCCGAAGCUAAAGAAUGUUUGCAAGCAGCAUCCAGAUUGAGUGAACAGCUGGAUAAAAAAACAGAACGUAUUGAACAGCUGAGCCAAGAAGUGGACCGGCUGUCAAAUCUUGUAAACACUGCCGAUCGUAGGAUAGAAGAAGCUAAACAAAGUGGAGAGGGAAAAGUUGAUAAAACUCUCAUUAAAAAUCUUCUAUUGGGUUACCUGUCGUCGUCGGCUGCAGAUAAGUCCGCGGUACUCCGAGUAUUUUCCACAAUUUUGGACUUCAAUGAAGCAGAAAGGGAUAAAGCCGGGUUGAACAACGCGGCUGUCCAAAAUAGUUGGUUUUCACGCUUAAGUAGUGGUUCUUCUGUUCCCAACAAGGAUCACGAAACAUCCUUGUCAGCUGCAUUUGUAAGAUUUUUAGAAAGUGAAUCAAAGCCAAAACCACAGUUGCCUGCCUUACCAAUUCAAACAUCAGCUUUACCACGACCUGGUCACAGUAGACAACAUUCUACAUCGUCCACGCAAUCUACUUUGCUCCUUUCUAACGUAAAUCUACCAACAUUCCCGGACUUCGUACCGGCCAGAAAUACAGGAUCAAUUUUAAAAGAAGUGUUAAAGGACAGCUGAUAUUAAAACUCCUAGAAUAUGUAUUUUGUACACUUUAAGACUGUAAUGGAAAGCAAUGUUUCAAGAAUUCCAUUUAAAAGGGGUACAGCUAAAGUGGUUACAAAUAAACCAGGAUCGUUUUUACAGAAGGAGUAAACAUUUAUUAUUUAGUUUCAGUCAUGCAAACAAUUGGAAGAAGCUUAGAAUAUGUCAAUUAAAAAUAAUCCGUACUAUUGCGUUAAAGCAUAUUAAUGAAGAAAUCAAGUCAUCUAAAAUUCUACAACGAAUGAAAUAGUAAAUAAUGUAUAUUUGCAGUAUUAAAUCUUUACAUAUAUUUUGUAAUACAUACUAAAGUUAUCCAACCAUUUUUCUCUAUACUUAUCGGUAAUGAUACAUCAUUUGUUUGGAUAAUUUAAAUGUAUUGAGUUUUAUGAUCAUAAUUACUUUGUUAGAAAUAAAUACACUUUGUUCAUUUAGUUUUACAAUUGUAUAUAAAAAAAUAUGUGCUAAAAAUAAGUACGAAGUGAUGGGGCUAGCAAUAAAUAUGUAAUAAUAUGUUAAAUAUACUAUUAAUAAUG